CUGGAGUGUGUGAGAGGCUUUGCACUUAAUGUGUGCUUCUCAGGAGAAUGAAUGAUGAGAGGACUCCACUUUCUUCUUCACUGGAGGAUUUUUAAUUGGAUUGUACUUCAGCACUUCCAUACUGGAUUGUUUUCCUGUUAUCAACCUCUGUCUGCACAACAGCUGUAUGGUCCGUAACAGUGCAAAUGCAGUGUGUGUCUAUGCUCUCAGCUGCUUGUCUCACCACGCCUGAGGUCUUGCCACAGGGAAGACUUCCGCCUGUCAUCUUCACUGAAGUGUAGUUUCCCAGUCCAGGACAUGGUUUCCUGAGUGGCCCUACCACCUACACAUCACAAGGGGUAAAACCAGUCAAUCCUGGGCCAUGACUGCUCUGCUUCCCAACGUCAGUGUUCCCGGGGGUACAGCAGUGUUGCUGCCGACUACAGACGGUCCGUUUAACCUGACUGCAGCUACUCAGGCGGGACUAAGUUCAGGCCAGUCGCUGGCUCCUCUCUGCACCCUCUGCUGUUGUGGAUUUCUUAAUCGUACUUUGGCAGUGGUGUUCAUGGUCAGCCUGGCUUUUGCCAUCGUGGUUGGAAAUGUGGUCACCCUUACUGUCUUUGUGCAAACGAGACAGUCCCGAACACCACAGGGAUACCUGAAAGUGUCUCUGGCCAUAGCAGACAUGAUGGUCGGUGUCCUCGUGGUCCCUUUCUCCGUCUACACCGAGAUCUCUCUAAUGGUGACCAGCAGACCUCCUGUUUGGUACCAGGGCAGUUCUUCUUCCCCGGCCACCUCCUCUCCUCUCGGGGGACUGGUGAGCCCGUGGCAGCCCUGCAUGCUGAUUGGCCCCGUGUUUGCUGGAUGCACCUUUGUCUCCAUCAGCACCAUCUUCCUCAUGACGCUGGAACGAAGCGUGGCCAUCCUACGGCCACUCCACAAGGACGCCUUGGUGACCCGGAGACGAACGCUGCUCCUCAUCCUGCUCUCCUGGGCUGCCAGCUUCCUUCUGGCUCUUGCACCCCUCAUCUUCAGCAGCAACUUCACUCUGGAGUACAAUGAGUGUAGUCGUAUGUGUAACUACACCCCACUGUUGUUUGGAGGCCAGCUGCCACCUGACGCCAACAUUUUGUUGUCGUUUCCAGCAUUUGACUUCACGCUGCUCGGUGGCACAUUAGCAGUAAACAUUGUGUCUUUCACCAGCAUCCGACGGUACUCCCGAAAACGCAAACUGCUGUCAGAGGGGAGUCUGAGUGACGGAGGGGGAGGAGGAGGAGGAGGAGGAGGAGGGGGAGGAGGGUGCUCUCACAGGCCCUCCUUUUCAGACAUCAAAGCUGCCAAGACAAUUGGCAUACUGACAUUUGCCUUCACAGCAUCCUUCUCUCCCAUCGCAGUGUUUGUGCUCGGGAAUGUGGUGGGAUAUACCUGGUGUAACUUUUCCUUUUUUGCCUUCUGGAUCCUGACAAGUAACAGUUGCUGUAAUGUCAUCAUCUACAGUGUCAGGGACCACCGCUUCAGGAAGGGUGUGACCCUGCUGUUUCAGCGAGACCAUUCCCCCCCACAUGGCGAGAAGUCCUGAAGGCUAUGUGAUUUUAUCAGCAACGAGUGCAUGUUCUGUGGCUGCUUUCCAGUACAUUUGAUUUUCAAAAGAAUUUUUGGGAGAUAUGUACAUUCACUUUUUUGCUGAGAGGGUAGACACCACUUCUGUAAAUAUGUAGCUGGAGCCUGGAGCUGGGUAGCUUAGCAUACUAAUUGACAACAGGGGGAUACAGUUAGCCUAGCACCAAUCAUCUGGUGGCGAUAAAGCCUCUGUAGGCAACAGCCAAUAUUUUGGGGGGAGCUGGUGUAGCCAGUGGAUACAUGAGCCAGGAGUUCUUCCUCAAUGUGCCUGUCAUUGUUUAUUGUUUAGCAAUUUGAGACAGGUCCAGACAACAUUUUGGCUCACCUCUAUUAACAUAUAUCUGCAUACGAUUUAGCUGC